ACCAUUUGCAAGUUCAGGCUUUAUGUGUAGCAAAAUCAAGGAAACGCCAUAUUUUAAGGCUAACCAUAACCCUUUUGAGAGUUCUAAAUGUUAGUCUAAAGUAAAAAUAACUGUGAUGAGGCAGUUGAUGUCUAUCUAAGCUUUAAUAUUUGAAAAGAAACUGAUCAGGAUCUCUUCUGGCCUCCAGCCUGGCAAACGUGGAAUACAAAUGGAGCAAGAUAUAUUUGUUUCUGUGGUUUACAUACAGACUCGCUUGCAGAAGCAGCAGCAAAGCCAAGAGUAGGAAACGCCAACAGAAGAGCACGUCCAGUUCUGCAGGGCGGCUGGCUUAAAAGAGAAGCUGUCACAAGCUCAGAAGCUGAGGUAGAGAACAUUAACUUUUCCAAACUUGCUAAGUACAUGGGAGCACUGUGAAAGCUAUUCAUUUUUCGAGUUGAUGUUCUUCAGUAUGGAUUUCUUUCCUUUUUUUUUUUUUUUAAGAAGAAAUGUCUCUAAUGCCAGCGCUGAACCUCCUCCAAAUAUGAAUUCAGAAUGUUUGGCUUGCAAAAUGCCAUUCACCGAUGUGACCAGUGAAGUCUCCUUUAACUUGGAAAUGAUCUAUUUUCUAUUAGCAGCACAUUAAAUACAUUCUUGGUUCUGAAGCAUGCCAGUGAAAAUGCUGCCCUCAGUACAAAACAGAGCGGUGCACUCCAAGGCAUUAUUCAACCUACUUGACAACAGAAGCACUCCGCUUCUGUGAGCUGUAAUAUAUUAGAGGAGAAAAAGAAAACAUUCAAUUAAUUAUACUUUUUUAGCUGCAGCACUGAAAACCGCUCUUCCGUCUUCUGUGAAUAAAGCUGCUCUGCUUUGAGUCUAAUUUAGAUUAAUUUUCAAUGCUGAUGUGUGAAUAAAUUAGAGAAGCAUUGACUUUUUUGGCCAUAGCAGUUAAGACAAUAUUUGCAGUACUUCCAGCUUGUUUGUAUUAGGAGUCAGAAUGUCUUUGCUGUAAAGAAUACACACAGUCCUGUAUUCUGCAGCAUGGCAGUUUCAUCUACAAGCAGCUUUCUUGUUUUAACUCUUUCUGGGGUCUGGUCUGCUUAGAUCAAGUUUUCUAUCUCCCCGUUUCCUAAAGAACCCAUUCUGGUGCUUCUCUCUCCUUUCCUGUCUCACUCACCAAUGUAUACAGCUUCCACCAGGCAAAUUCUCCCUCCUGUAUUUGCAUUCAGUUCCAGAGCAUUCUGUUUAAAGGAACAACGGGUGUCCACCGAAUGAGAAAACCCAUCCAACAUCGCACCAAAGCAAUUUCUCCUGACUCUCUCCCCCACCCCACUAUCUGCUUGGUCCCAUCUUGACUUUUUUUUACUGUUCAGAUAAGCAUCAGAGUGAAUACAAGGAGUAGAAAUGCAAAGCCAUUUAUAUAAGGCAGAGCAUGACAAAUGCCCAGCUGGCUCAGAGCAGAGCUGUGUCUGAGGGCUGCAGCAGGCCGUGCUGGGGAGAGCAUGCCAGCCUGGCCACGCUCUGUUCCACUCAGGCCCAAGAGCUUGGAUGAUGGUUUCCUAUUUCAUCCGUGAGCAGAAUAUGGAGGCAAUUCUGCCUUUUUACUUGAGGGAAAUGAAGAUAAUUCGCCUAUAGACUUGGACUGGGUCUGUGGCUGACCUUUAGUUCAAAUGCAGGCUUGUCAGUGGCAUUGUCACUGACUGUGAAGGCUGAUCAUAAUUUCAUGGUAAAUAAAUCAGGAUGAAGAAAGCAGCAGUAUUUUUUUCCCGACCUUGGAGGUUAAUUCAAAUGACCGAAGAUGUCUGCAAGUGCAACUACACUUCCCACCUAGCUACAUAUGUGGGCAGUCUUAUUCCAUAAUUAGUCUGUUUUCCCCGAUUAUCUUUUCCAUAAGCUUUAUAAAGUUGAUUAAACUGAAGUAGAACAACAUGCACUUUCUCCAGAACAAAAAUCUCUGCGUGUGGAGUUAGUUAAGAACAGUUAUUUUGGAUUUUGCUAAAGCUGUUUAGAAAGCUCUCCUAGUGUUAAAAAGGCCUGGGUCUCCCAAAUUAGUUAUUUCAUGAGUCAGAGUAACAUGUUUCCCCAGCUGCGUUUUGUUAUAACAACUGUGUGUGUGCAGAAUUGUAGGUAUGUAAAGCUGAUAACGUAUUGUUACUAUAUCAGAAAUCUUAAGAGUCUAAUGUUUAUUGGGUAUUGUGCUUGUCUAACCUUAUGAAUACAUAGGUAGUAGGUGUUCUGUAUUACACAGGCAGAGUGCAUGUGCAUUUAAUGUAUGAGCAUGGUGAAGAAAAUGGCAUUGUUGUGUUUGGUUGGUGGAAACUUCCUUGGAGCACCAGCUCUGAACAAGAAGAAAUAUCUCUCCUGAGUGUGUGGGAAUUGGCUCAUUGCACACCAAGUAAUGAAUCUGCUUUACAGACAACAUCGUGCAUAUGUGAAGCCAAGAAUGUAUUGUUAGUAAAAGAGAAAUCUUAAAGGUGUAAUGUUUAUUGAUCCAGAUAUAACUUACAAAAAGGGAAAGAAUAACGAUGCAGUGAGAAUACUUCUAUGAAACUGAAACACGCACACACACUUCUUGGUUUCUGCUCCUUUUCCCUGUAUUUCACUCUCCCUUCCACUACUUCUGUGGGUUGUAAGGUUGGUGGUUUCAUUCUGCUGUGUGUGGGAGAACUGCUAAAGAGCUGUCAGUAUCUGGAGUCCUUCACUGGGAGGAAUAUGAUGUUCACGUUGGUGGUUUCUUCUUCCACACUCAAGGAUUCACCUGGUGUCAUUUUUAUGUUUGCCAGCAUGCAUUUAUACCCUUACUCUCUGGUCUACAUCUCCAUGUCACAUCUGAUUUUGCUAUGCAUGGUGCACGUGACGUAUAUUAGAUACUAUUUCUUUGUUACCUCUAAAGCCAGCUUUGUCCGGCUCCAGAUCUUCACUUCUUUGAUUGCUGGUGAGCUCUUUAUAGCCAUCUAGUUUCUUUUGCCGAGCCCAUGUCCUGUCUGUUAUCAUCACUUGCCUGUCCUCCUCUACACCACAUCUUGUGUCCGUGGUCCUCAAGGUCUCUGCUAUCGCACCAGGCCUGUAUCUCUUUACACUACAUCAUUGUGCCAGCUGUAAAUCUCUCAUUCUACAUAAUAACCAUUUGUUACUGCUACUUUUAUUUGUUUAUUUAUUUGUUUUAAUGAAAGGAUGGCUGUACAACACAGAUAAACAGAAAUAAAACAAAUUAGCCAGAGACACCUGGUCAUUUAUAGAAGCUGCUAUCCCAGCUAACCAAGUCAAAUGAGGUUACAGAAGGGUCAAGAAGCUCAGGGAAAGCAAGCCUGACAAGCCUCAGCCCCGAGGCCUUGCAAAUUCUCUGUAAUACUGGGAAUGGCAAUACUGUAUUAGAGAACUACACAGUUACAGUGUUGUAGCCCCAGAAGCGGGGAGCAGGUAAGAGCAGGUAACACUAAUGCAUCAGUAUGGGGCAAUUAUUUUAGAGCUGGCUGUGCUGGCAUUUUGUCUCUUGCGGUAGAAGACACAAGAAUACAAGAAUUAGUCACGGUUAUUUGACCUUUUAAAACUAGAAGUUAGCUUAAAGUAUAUUGCACACUUCUACAAACAAAGUUGUGUUACCAAGUGAAAGAUGGAGUUCAAGGGUAAUGGCAAAGGUAGUCAGAAACCAGAAACCAGUAGCCAGAACCAGAAAUUAUCUGGUUCUUUCUCAAAAAAAAAACCUCACAACCCUCUAGUAAAAUAAAGUCCAGUCUCCCCAGGCAAGCAAACAUCCUCCAAGUUCAGUUGAUUCAGCUUUGAACUAGAUAAUCUCUUCUUGUCCCUUUCAGCCCUAUUGUUGCCUUUUACUGGCUUGCUUUUCAUAUCUUAAAAUAUGCAUUUUCAAAAGGGAAAGCUUUUCUUUCUUACUCUGUCUCUUUGAUGGACUCUGCAUAUGAUAAAUUGGUGCAUGUCUCCUGAAAGGCUGUUAACUGGGUUUAGGUUUUGCAAAACUUAAAAGUGGCCUUCUUUCUUCUAGUCUUCCUUUUAUACUUAUUUUUUUCAUGACAUCCUUUAUCACAUAUUAAGAAUUAUCUAUUUUACAGUAAUAUUUUGAAAUCAUUAUAAAGAAAAGGAAGCUCAUGGUGCUUAGACUGUUAUCACUUAAUGUCUUCGUAUAGUUUAUGUACUUAAAGAUUAUUUCUUCUUGACUCAGAAAAGUAACCGUGCAUGUGUUCACUCAUCUGUGUUUGUUUGCUUUAAUGAAUAAAUUGUCUCUGGCAUCUUUUCUUCUUCAGUCACAUCCAUCCUGAUGUGGUCCUGCAUUCACCUGGCAUCUCUUUAAUAUUAAUGGCACAGACAUGUAAUCCAUCAUUUCCACGGGAGGCUGAAUCUUCCUGGGUUAUAUUCUGCAAGGCCAAAUAUCAGAUUAUUCUGUCCUGUGUAGGUACAGGCAUACUGCAAGCCUGAAAGUUCAGAAAGGGCAUUCAUUUAUAUAUUUGACUCUAUGAAUUUGAUCUAUAUAGACCUAAAUAAAACCCAGAAGCAAGCAAUAUGAAAACCACAUUAUUUCCCUCCUGUAACCGUGGUUUAAAACAUUUUGUGAAGAUGACAAAAUCAGCUGAAUAUUUUUUAUAUUUUUUGUGGCAGUGGUUUAACUUGAGUUUUGCCUUGUUGGAGCUGGGACAAUCUCAAAUGAAAGGAAAUGCAGAUGACACCUCACCAACACCCAGCUGUAGGUUCAUGGCUGUGACGACUGGGACGCUCUGAGCCUUCACUGCACCAUCAACGGGAGGAGGAUUUGGUUCAUCCCUAAAGCUUCAAUUAGUGUGUGGUAUAAUUCCUCUGUUGUUUCUCCUGGUCUGCAGGAAGGCACAGGUCUGCGGCUGCCUGGUUUUUCUGCUGGGAGGUGCCAGUUGCCUCAGGUACCGAUCAAUACUUUAUUGCCUGCUCUUUCACAAUGAAGGCCAUGGAGGAUCAAGUAGUCCAAGAAGAAUCUGGAUACCAUGAUGAUGAGGAAUCCUUUUUUCAGGACAUUGACCUGCUCCAAAAGCAUGGGAUUAAUGUGGCAGAUAUUAAAAAACUGAAGUCAGUUGGGAUCUGCACUAUCAAAGGAGUCCAGAUGACAACAAGACGAGCACUGUGCAAUGUAAAAGGGCUUUCAGAGGUCAAAGUGGACAAGAUUAAAGAAGCUGCAAAUAAGCUGAUUGAGCCAGGCUUCCUAACUGCAUUCGAGUACAGUGAAAAACGGAAGAUGGUAUUUCAUAUUACUACUGGCAGCCAGGAAUUCGACAAACUUCUGGGUGGUGGGAUUGAAAGCAUGGCAAUCACUGAGGCCUUCGGAGAGUUCCGGACAGGCAAAACACAGCUAUCUCAUACCCUUUGUGUGACAGCUCAGCUGCCAGGGCCCAAGGGCUACACUGGUGGAAAGAUUAUCUUCAUUGAUACCGAAAACACUUUCCGACCAGACCGUCUUCGUGACAUUGCUGAUCGCUUCAACGUUGACCAUGAUGCAGUCCUUGACAACGUGCUGUAUGCACGUGCAUAUACUAGUGAACAUCAGAUGGAAUUGCUUGACUAUGUAGCAGCCAAGUUCCAUGAGGAAGCUGGUAUCUUCAAGCUAUUGAUCAUUGACUCCAUCAUGGCACUCUUCCGUGUGGAUUUCAGUGGUCGUGGAGAGCUGGCUGAACGACAACAGAAACUUGCUCAGAUGCUCUCCAGGCUCCAAAAAAUAUCAGAAGAAUAUAAUGUGGCUGUGUUUGUGACCAAUCAGAUGACCGCUGAUCCAGGAGCAACUAUGACCUUUCAGGCAGACCCAAAGAAGCCCGUUGGGGGCCACAUCCUCGCUCAUGCUUCAACAACCCGAAUCAGUUUGAGGAAAGGGAGAGGGGAGCUGCGUAUUGCAAAGAUAUACGACAGUCCUGAGAUGCCCGAAAAUGAAGCCACAUUUGCAAUAACUCCUGGAGGGAUCGGAGACGCCAAAGAAUAGGCAGGAAACUCAUGCAAACGUACAGCUGAUAACCGCCAAGGCAGUAAGUUGGGAUGAAGGUUUGUGAAGGUCGCUGUCUUCCCCCGCUGCAUUUUUAUCUUCUCGGAACCAUUUGAGAGGCUUUGGGAUAAACUCUGCUUCAGUGUUAUUCAUCUUAACGGAAGUUGGUUCACUUCGGGUCUUCUCUUUUCAAUGGACAAUAAAUAGCUGAUGGAAACGGCAACUUAAGCACUUAUUUAAGCACUUUUUUUGGAGAGGAUGACCCGAAGUAGUUGAUAUUAAAGGCAAUAAUAAAGAUGUAAAAUCGGAACGGCGCUCGGUGUGUGUAUGGGUGCUCUGCAUCCAGCCCCACUCUCAGCCAUCUCCCACGAGAGAAAUAAAGCAGAUGCAACCCAACCUUUGGAAGCCCGUUUGGGGUACAUCAAGCCAUUUUCUCCCAGCCAGGAGAACGCAGACAUCAUGGCUGCUGGCCCUCCCGCUGC